AUGGCAGAAAUAGCAGUAAACCUUGUUGUUGACAAACUAAUCCCAUUACUGAAAAAUGAGGCAAAGUUGCUGAGUGGCGUGCGUGGACAAAUCGAAAGCAUCAGCAACGAUCUACGGCUGAUGCGAGCAUAUCUGAGGGACGUAGAUGCAAAGGCGGAGAUGGAGGCAGAGAACUCUGAUCAGAGCAGAAAGGAGUGGGUUGCUCAAAUGAGACAAGUUUCCAUCCGCAUUCAAGAUGUCAUUGACCUUUACUUGUACAAUCGUCGUCGUGGAAGGCGAAACGCCGUUGCUGGGGUUCUGUGCAAAAUUUGUGACUUGCUCAAAAGCUGUGUAGCCCGCCAUGAGAUUGCGUCUGAGAUUGGCGAAAUCAGAGAGUCAAUAAAUAGCCUGAAGAAAGCAAGAGAACUGUAUGGCUACUCCAAUGCUGCUGCAGAAUCAAGCGGCGGUCGCACUUCACCGCAACGGCAUUACCUUCGACUGCGAGCCAAUUUCGCUGAGGAAGAAGAGCUUGUGGGGAUUGAACAUGCCAAGAAAGAGCUCAACAACUGGCUCUCAGAAGGCGCUGCUGCUCGCACAGUCAUCGCUGUGGUGGGCGAAGGCGGACUUGGUAAAACGACUCUGGUGAGAAAUGUAUACAAGCAAGAACAACAAAAGCACUCUUUUGAUUGUUAUGGGUGGGUGGAUGUAUCUCGCUCACUCAAAGGAGUGCAGUUGUUCAAGACUUUGCUGCGGAGCUUUCAUGAUAUGAAAGAAAGCAAUGUGGACAAGAACCUUCAUGCUUUGAUUGAAGACACAGGAGAAUACUUGAAAGAAAAGAAGUACCUAAUAGUACUUGAUGAUGUUUGGGAGACAGAUCUAUGGGGAACUGUGGCAUUGGCAUUACCGAAAUGUAAUGGAAUGAUAAUGAUUACAACAAGAGACACGGGUGUUGCUGAUUCUUGCAGAGUGUCAGCAAAAGUUCAUACCUACCCACUGAAGCCUCUAGAACCCGAAAAUGCCUUGAGACUCUUCCAUUCGAAGGCAUUUCAAUUUGGUUCCAAGAAUCCCUCUGAAGAGUUGAUGAAGCUAUCUGAAGAGUUCACAAAAAAGUGUGAUGGUGUGCCACUUGCAAUUGUGGCUAUAGCCUCUCUUCUGUCAACCAAGAAAGAAAGAGUCUCAGAAUGGAAGGCGGUGUACAACAGCCUUCAAUCAAAGCUUGCAAGCGAUUCUCAUCUUAAAGGUUACCAUCAGGCACUGUCAGAAAGCUAUCAGGAUCUUAGUUACCACCUCAAGUCAUGUCUCUUGUACUUUGGCCUUUUUCCCGAGCAAUACGCAAUCAAGAGGGCGAGGCUCAUCAAUUUGUGGAUAGCUGAAGGGUUUGUGGAGUGCAGAGAGCACCAAACUCAACAAGAAGUUGGAGAAGAGUACUUAGCUGAGCUCAUUGCUAGGAGCUUGGUUAAGGUAGCUGAUGUGAACCCUUACCACGGCAGAGUUAGGAAGUGUAGAGUUCAUGAUUUGAUGCAUGACUUCAUUGUGAAGAAAUGUGAAGAGUUCAACUUCUGCCAAGUGAAGAAAGGUAACCCGUUUUGUUUUGAUAAAUGGAGUUGACGUUUAUCAAUUGGCACAAAUGUUGACUUU